AUGAUGGUUACCAACAAUAUAAUCGGUUUUCUUUUUAUUCUUUUGCUAUGUAUCGUCAAUCAUAAAACUUCAUCCUUUGAGAAUAAUGAACAAAUAACAAUUGAAGAUCUUGUCAUGAAACCUUAUUUAGUUAAAGCUACUUCUUCAUUAAUUGAUCAACAUCCAUCGAUCGAUAAAAUAGGUAGUUUAAAAAUUCGUUCAAGUUUACAAAAUGCUCAUUCGGAGUCCGGAGAAAAAUAUUUUAAUUGGGUUAGAAAAACACAACGUCCUAUGGAAUUUUUACGAGGUAAACGUCAAUGGUUUUUUACGAAGAGAAACAAAAAUGAUAAAAAUGUUAAUUUAAUGCCUAAUAUAAAAACAUAA